UUGGAAGCCUUGAUGUGCCUCGGCCAAACAGCAGGGUGGAGAUUGUGACUGCAAUGCGGAGAAUCAGGUACGAGUUUAAAGCAAAGAACAUCAAGAAGAAGAAAGUGAGUCUCCUGGUGUCAGUGGACGGGGUGAAGGUACUGCUGAAGAAGAAGAAGAAGAAAAGAGAGUGGACCUGGGACGAGAGCAAAAUGCUGGUGAUGCAGGAUCCCAUCUACAGGAUAUUCUACGUGUCCCACGACUCCCAGGACCUGAAGAUCUUCAGCUACAUCGCCAGAGACGGCUCCAGCAACGUCUUCAGGUGUAACGUCUUCAAGUCCAAGAAGAAGAGCCAGGCCAUGCGCAUCGUCCGCACCGUGGGGCAGGCCUUCGAGGUCUGCCACAAGCUGAGCCUGCAGCACACCCAGCAGGAUGCGGACGGGCAGGAGGAUGGUGACAGCGAGGACAUGGGUGGCCCAGCCUGCCACCCAGCCAGAGCUGAGAAGGCAGCUGUCCCCGCAGAGGAGACCGAUAUCGACGCAGUGGAGAUCCCUCCACCAGGGAGCAGCACCCUGGAGUUCAGCCGGGGGGUGACGGACCUCGACGCCGUGGGGAAGGACUUGGGACACUCUCCGGACACCAAGGACUCCCUCCACUCCGAGAGUAUCCUGACUGCAUCGCCCAAGCUGCUGCUCCCCUCCUCCUCCCAGCUGCCGGACCUGGGGACCCCUCUCUCCGCUCAUCACCAAAUGCAGCUUCUCCGGCAGCUUCUGCAGCAACAGACGCAACAGACACAAGUGGCCAUGGCCCAGGUUCACCUGCUGAAGGACCAGCUGGCUGCAGAGGCAGCAGCUCGGCUGGAGGCCCAGGCGCGCGUGCACCAGCUCCUGCUGCAGAACAAGGACAUGCUCCAGCACAUCUCGCUGCUGGUCAGGCAGGUGCAGGAGCUGGAGCUGAAGCUGUCAGGAAGCAACACCAUAGGCUCCCAGGACAGUCUGCUGGAGAUCACCUACCGCUGCAAUGCCCUGCCGGUGCUGUGCGACCCCACCACCCCAAAGCCUGAGGACCUCCACCUGCCGCUGCUGGGCCCUGGCCCUGACUCCGCCCAUGCCCUGGGCAGCCCCAUAGUUGACCAAAGCAUGUUUGAGAAUUCAAACACAGCCCCCACGCCAAAGCUGCAACCCAGCCGGUCUGUCUCCAAAGCCUCGCUGGGCCCCGCCCUGGCAGCUCUGCCAGCCGCGGCUGAGACUGGACUGCGGGUGGGGAGCAGCCAGCACCUCAAGAACCUGAGCAAGGCUGUCGGGGCCAAAGUCAACGACUUCCUGCGCCGGAAGGAGCCCGCCAGUCUGGGCGAGGUGGGAGUGACCGAGGUCAAUGCCAGCGCGGGGGCCGAGCUGUCGGGCGGGAUGCUCGCGCUGCUGGGGGACCAGGCCCACGAUGCAGGGCGUGUGCUGUUGGAAACCUUUCCCCGGCUCGACCCGCCGCCCCCGGCAGCCAAGAAGCGCACGCCCCGGGCUUUGAAGACUCCUCUGGACAUGCUGAUCUCCUCCCAGCCGGUGAUGAGCAGCCUGGAGUGCAGCGCCGAGGCGCUACCCGAGCAAGGCCAGGAACACCCCAAGCAGGCUGCCCAGGGGGAGCAGUGGAAGGUGGCAUGGGACAUGUCUCAGCCAGAGGGCAGUGCUGAGCUGGGUGCUCCUGGCACAGCGGUGCCAAACGGGGACGGGCCCUCCCACAGCAGGGUCCUCUCAGUGCCUGACCUCAUCCACGAGGAGAACCUGGAGGGCAAACUCAAAGCUGCUGACAGGCAGGCAGUGUCCCCGCCCUGCCCAGAGAAACCCGCCCUCAGACUCAGCUGCCUGCUGGAGUACCAGCCCCCCGUGGGCGACGUCCAGCCUGUGGCACAGCCCUCCGGCCUGGAAAACGAGGGGCCCCACCCAGACCUCCUGUCCUUUGAGUAGCAGCCCCCAUGUCCCAGGGGAGUCAGCCACUUCCCCCCUCAAGAACACCCCUCCCCCUCUGCUGGGGAGGGGACAUGCUGACUGCACUCUGGGGGCGCUCAGCAGUGACUUCUGUCCAGGGGGCUCGAAGAGAAGCCUGGCCCUGCCCGCUUGUCCCCUCAAACAAUGGCAGGGCAUGGGGGUGAUCCUCGGGGCUGUCCACACAGUCACUGCCUACCCUCCCCCCAGGCCUUAGUGCAGGCUGUGCAAGUGAGCACUGUUCACGAAGGCCAGGCCUGCACAGGCACCCUGGACGGAACUUCCAUUCUCCCCCAUCAGGGUCUCCAGCCACGUCCUGCACCCCCUGCUGCCCUCCUG